GCCGCCGCGGGUUCCCAAGCCAACGGAUCAACAGGUCUGGCUCGGGAGCGACCCUGGAGCCAUCGCCCACCGGUGGUCAUGUGCGCCGCGGAGGUGGACCGCCACAUUGCCCAGAGAUACCUGCUCAAGCGGCGGCUGGGGAAAGGGGCCUACGGCAUCGUGUGGAAGGCAGUGGAUCGGAGGACUGGUGAGGUGGUAGCCAUCAAGAAAAUCUUUGAUGCCUUUAAGGACCAGACAGAUGCCCAGAGAACUUUCCGGGAAGUCAUGCUUCUGCAGGUGAGCAGCCCAGGCCACACUGCCUGGGCCCUCUGCAGAUGCACAUCCCUGCAGACAAGGGAGAGCCUGCUCCAGCACCCUCUGCACAGCUUUGGCUUCCACAGCAGCCUCUCUUUCCAGGCGUUUGGGGACCAUCCCAACAUCAUCCGUCUGCUCCAUGUGAUCCCAGCGGAGAAUGACAAGGACAUUUACCUGGUGUUUGAGUCCAUGGACACUGACCUGAAUGCAGUCAUUCAGAAGGGCAGACUCCUGGAAGACAUCCACAAGCGCUGCAUCUUCUACCAGCUCCUGCGGGCCACCAAGUUUAUCCAUUCAGGGCGUGUCAUCCACAGGGAUCAAAAGCCAUCCAAUGUUCUCCUGGAUGCUUCCUGCCGGGUGAAGCUUUGUGACUUUGGCCUGGCCCGCUCCCUGAGUGACCUCCCUGAGGGGCCAGAAGGCCAAGCCCUAACAGAGUAUGUGGCCACACGCUGGUACCGAGCUCCAGAGGUGCUACUGUCCUCGAGAAGGUAUACCCCUGGGGUGGACAUGUGGAGCCUGGGCUGCAUCCUGGGAGAGAUGCUGCGAGGGCAGCCACUGUUCCCAGGCACAUCCACCCUCCACCAGUUGGAGCUGAUUUUGGAGACCAUCUCACCGCCCUCCAUUGACGAGCUCCAGGCCCUUGGCUCAGGCUACAGUGCCUUGAUUCUGCACAGCCUGGGAUCCAGGCCACGGCAGACGCUGGACGCCCUCCUGCCUCCAGACACGCCCACAGAAGCGCUGGAUCUGCUAAGGCGACUCCUGGUGUUUGCCCCGGACAAGCGGCUCAGCGCGGCACAGGCGCUGCAGCACCCUUACGUUCAGAGAUUCCACUGCCCCGACCGCGAGUGGACACGGGGCUGCCACGUGCGGCUCCCGGUGGACGAAGGAGCCAGGCUCUCAGCAUCGCAGUAUCGCAGCCAUCUUUACCAGAUGAUCCUGGGGCGCAGGGGGAACCGGCGCAGCCGGCAGGAGGAGAACCCCGGGGACGCCGCCGGGUGCCCAGAGCCUAGGGUCGCCCCGGCCCGCAAGCUUCCGCUCCAGCCCGGAUCUCUCCUUCAAGCCUCUGCGCAGACACCUUCCAGGAGGCGUGCGCCCAGGUCUCAGAGCGGCUCCGGGCGUAACCCCGAGCGCGUGGAGGUUCCCUCGCCGAGCGCAGCCCCCCUGCGCCAGUUUCCUCCAGACAGCGGGGAAAGGCCCCCAGGCGCCAUCGCUGACCCUCCCUUGGCACCCUCAGGGGUGAGUCGAGGUGCUGUGAGCGCGGUUGAGCCCUCCCACACUGCCGCAUUUUUGAGUCACCUCGUCGUGCGCGCCUUCCAGGUGAAGCCAAGUGUGAAGGUGGUGGAGCCCUCCUUGACCCUGCAGGCUGCGGCCCAGGCGGCCAAUCAGGCCCUGGUCCGCAGUGACCCUGGCCGGGGUCGUGGGCCCAAGGCAGCUGCUCUCCGAAGGGGGCCUUCCCGCCAGCCCCAGGAGGCUAUGGAGCCCAGGCCAGGCAGAAGGAUGUUUGGCACCUCCGGCUUACAGGGGGCCCAGGGCGCUGCCAGAGCUGUGCUUGGUGGCUACUCCCAGGCCUAUGGGACUGUGUGCCGCUCUGCCCUGGACCACCUGCCCCUGCUUCCUGGACCGCGUGCGUGACCACCACCGACCUGCCCACUGUGACCAGCGCUUUCCCUCAGGCCCCACGGCAACUCCCUCCUUUGCCCCUCUAUAUUUCCACUCUGGGAAGACUCUUUGAGCCUCACUCCCUCUUGGGGAAGCAGACAGAGGUUCCCACCCCAGAUCCAAGAAUUACCUCAAAUAAAACCUUGUUUGUCCCAGGCCAGGUAGCCCUCUUUCACCCACUCCUGUCUGAGGCUCCCUUCCUAGGCCACAGCCUCCUUUGAGAACCCCCUACCUUACUGCUCUCUUGAGUGCUCAUUCCCAUGUGUAGGUCCUGUAUCCAGUAAAAGUUAAGUGGGUCUGGUC